UCUAGUCUUUGAGCUUCUCAAUCUCAUGAAGAUCAUGGAUUUGGUUAGUGUAACCAUAAAACCCUAAAAACACACACAACACUUGCACACAAAGACACAAACACAAACACAAACAAAGAAUAAUGCACCCAUAAAGUACUAAACAAAAAUCUUAGUCAUUUUACUGUAGGAUCUGGCUUUGUUAUUAGGUCAAGUGCAUGCUUCAACAGUAGUUUAUAGCCCUUAAUUUAUGCUUCACCUUAAUAUUGAAGCAAUUGUUCACUGUCUAUGACGUCAUUUCUUCUUAAUAUUUGACAUUCAUUCAACACAUUAAACCAAUACCUUUUGGCAAUUCUGCAAACCCAUUUUGGCAAGCAUCAAUUUUCUGUUGCAACUUUCAAACUAAUCAACUCUACAUUAGUUGAAAUGUUUAAUUACACACAUCAAAGACAAUAUUUGUGCAAUAUUCUCAUACUGAACAUAUAAAGCCUACUGAUUUUGCUAAAGAAAGUAACAUAUAACUACAUGAUGUCACUUGCUAAUGUGUUUAGGCCUCUCAGGUUGUGCAAUGGGGAGAAGAAAGAUUGAGAUCAAGCGGAUUGAGGACAAUACAAAACGCCAAGUCUCCUUCUGCAAGAGGAGAAAUGGACUCUUAAAGAAAGCUUGUGAACUUUCUGUCCUGUGCGACGCAGAAGUGGCUCUUCUCAUCUUCUCCAGUCGUGGACGGCUUUAUGAGUAUGCAAACAACAGUACAAAAUCAACCAUUGAAAGGUACAAGAAUGCAUGCUUGGACAGCGCAGAAUCAAGCUCUAUUGCAGAAACAAAUACUCAAUACUAUCAACAAGAAUCUGCAAAACUAAGGCUACUAAUCCAAAAUAUGCAGGAUUCUAACAGGCAUUUACUGGGUGAGGAAGUGAGUUCUCUAAAUAGCAAAGAUCAGGAGCAAUUAGAGAGCAAGAUUGUACAAGGGCUCAUUAAAAUCAAGUCAAAGAAGGUAGCAGAAGUUGAAAGGCUUAAGCAAGCAAAUUCAAAUAUGUCUGUACAAGAUCUCAAUGCAUUUCAGGCAUUAUCUCUCAAUUCAUUUACUCCAAUUGCAGUUGAGGGUAGCACUUCCUACUCACAGCCAGAACAAAACAUACUUCGUCUAGGGUGAUUUAUCUACUUCCAUUUAUUUCAUCAUUUUUAACAAUUAUAUGUAGACUAAUUAGUUCUACUUCUAUUUACUUAAUUAUAAGAUCCAAUUGAAAACUUUGCAAUCAACAAAAUUUUAAUACAUCAGUAAUUGUAAAUACUUAGCUCUCUAAAUGCAACUACAAGCGCCUAUAAGUGUUAACACAAGUAAAAAUACACCAUAUGGUCCAUAUGUACUCUGACUCAAAUUUUUUGUCACAAACUAUAUGAAUGUUGGCAUUCAACAUCUAUCUUGGUAUUCUUUGACUUACACUUUUUAGAAUUACUUUUUUUUCCUUAAAGUUUAAUACCCUUUUUUUAUCAAAUAUGGGAAUCUAAGAUACUAUUCUUAUCAAGUUUAGCAAUGCAAAAUUUCUUUAUGUUUGACUUGCUGAUCACUGACACUAGAAAAGAGAAGGAUACAUGUUCUAACUUUAAAUUCUUCAUUUUGUUAUCAAGUUUUGCAAUGCAAAAUUUCUUUAUGUUUAACUUGGUGAUCACUGACAAUUGAAAAGAGAAGGAUAUACACGUUCUAACUUUAAAUUCUUCAUUGUGUUAUAAGUUUAGCAAUGCAAAAUUUCUUUAUGUUUGACUUCUUGAUCACUGACACUAGAAAAGAGAAGGAUACAUGUUUUAACUUUAAAUUUUUCAUUGUAUUUAUGCAGGUAAAUUGUUCAACUACAAUUAUGCAAGUGGGGUCUUAUAUAAUGCCUAAAUAAAGAUCUCAUUGUCUACUUUCUCAUUAAGUUAUAUCGUAUUGAAUCACUUUGGCUUGUUGCUAUGUAGCAUCCAACAUUUCUUUCUAUGAGGUCAUCUUGUACUGGCACUUAUAAGUUGUACCUGCUUCUCACGGGUGUCGCUUGGGCAAGGCAUUUUUCAUGUAAAGACUUUGAAGCAAAUUGGAAAUAAGAUGUGAGACAAAAUGGCCAAAAAAA